AUGCAUACCAAUGCUGUCCGCCGCCGUACUGACACACACGCCCGCUUGCAGCAAGAGGUGCAACGCCUAUCCGCCCUCUACCAAUACCACAACGCUCCCGAAGUCGCCCCCGCGCAUGGCCUCGAGUACGACGACAACGUCUACCCCUCCUCCGACAAGUAUCCCGUCAUCCGCGAGCGUGAUGCCUACGAUAGUCCCAAAUAUGGCUUCGGCGGAGACAACAGGCCGCCGCGAAUCAUCUUCGGAAUGAAAGUCCGCACUUUUCUGCUCGUGGCAUCGGUCAUGGCCUUGAUCAUUGUGGGGGCUGCAGUAGGAGGUGCCGUGGGAGGCCGACAGUUGCGAGACCAGGCGCAAGGUUACAACAUGUUGUAAGAUUCCACACUGCCUCCCGGUCCCAUUCCUCACGCACGCACUGACUUCUCCCUGCAGUAUGAACCAGACAUCAUCCAACUCACCGACAGCAACCACUUCCGGAUCAGCUUCCUCAUCAACAUUUACAGCAGCCACACCGACCUACGAACCUCUCUCGGAUUGCCCUGAAUCCAACAACACCGCCUACACUUCCUCCUACGCUCUGAGAUCUUCAGCGACCAACGCAAAAACAACUUUCACCAAGUACUGCGAUCUCUCCAAUCCCUUGAUUCUCCAUGGCUCCGCAACGCUAGCCGAGGCCUUCGUCUACAGCUUCAGCGACUGCGUGGAGCUCUGCGCAGGCUACAACUACUUGCACAACGAUGGCAACUGCACCGCCGCCGUCUACCGGCCCACCGGGAGUCGACCGGCAAACUGCUGGGUGGGCAGUACUGGAUCCGUCACGGCCAGCUCGCUCAACUUCACCUCUGGCACGGACGUUGCGCUUCUGAGCGCUUAA